CUUAAAAAAAAAAAAAAAAAAAAAAAACCAGCAGGAGAGGAAAGGGGGAGAUGAAACCAAGAAAAUAUCAAAAUACGAGCAAAAAAUGGGGAUUCAUAAUCAGUAAUUGACGCCUGAGAGAGGAGAUAACCACUUAAUCGCUCCCAGUUCCUUCCAUCUUUGUGGCAAUCACACUGUACUGACACGGAGCAGGGAAGCAGCCAGGCAUUUCAAUUGUGCGAAGUAGGAAGUUUAAAUCUAGCCUGGGUUUGCUUAUCUGUUGCCUGUGGGAGUGGAAUGCAGACGCACUGUAUGGUAUCUGUGUCUCUGGAUAAAUGAAGCUGUCAAUGCAGUCGCAGUUAUUACAAUUUUACAAAGGUGUUUUUCUUGCCACUUCGCUUCCUCGGAGUACGUGGAGAAUUGCUACUCUGCUGUGAUUUCCACCAACAGCCUCUUUCUGUUUCAUUUUCCAUCAAAGGGAAUUCCAGCAGAGGAUCGCUGCUUGCAACUGCACCCCGUAGUUUAAAAUGAAGAAUGCCUGCACUACCAAAGAGUGACCAGGAGGAGGUGAUGAUGGGAGCAGGAAGGAGCUGCCAGGGGGUGCUGUGGUUCCAUUAGCGACGUGGCGCCGGGCUGAGAUGUUGUGCUGAAAAAGAAACAAGGCCAACAACAACAACCUCAACCAGAACUCCUCUUUCAAAGAAAAGCUUUUUAUUUUUAAAUUUGUUUUGUUUGUUUGCUCUCUCCCUCCCCCUCAGUUUCGUCGGAUUUGUAUGGCAGCGGUGUAACCGUGGAGAGGCCAGGGUAUCACAAGCUUAUGGAUUUUGAUAAGAGAGGGAAGGGGGAGGCUGAGGAAGGGAAAAGGAUGUCCAAGGUGACUGGAGGGAGGACUGGACAUGGCGGCCGGAGUUCAGGGUCUAACUCUGGGGUGCUUAUGGUUGGCCCCAACUUCCGCGUCGGGAAAAAAAUUGGCUGCGGCAAUUUUGGAGAGCUGCGCCUCGGGAAGAAUCUCUACACCAACGAGUACGUAGCCAUCAAAUUGGAGCCAAUCAAGUCCAGAGCACCACAGCUGCAUUUGGAAUACAGAUUUUACAAGCAGCUGGGAAAUUCAGAGGGGAUUCCUCAGGUGUAUUACUUCGGCCCAUGCGGGAAAUACAAUGCCAUGGUCCUGGAGCUACUGGGACCCAGCCUGGAAGACCUCUUUGACCUCUGCGAUAGGACGUUCUCUCUCAAAACUGUGCUCAUGAUCGCGAUACAGUUGGUAAGAUGCAUCGAAAUAACUCGAAUGGAGUAUGUACAUACCAAAAGCUUGAUCUACAGAGACGUCAAGCCAGAGAACUUCCUGGUGGGAAGGCCGGGUAGCAAACGGCAGCACACAAUCUACAUCAUAGACUUCGGGCUGGCCAAAGAAUACGUUGAUCCCGAGACCAAAAAACACAUCCCCUACCGGGAGCACAAGAGCCUGACGGGCACUGCGAGAUACAUGAGCAUCAACACACACCUGGGGAAAGAACAAAGCAGAAGGGAUGACCUAGAAGCACUGGGUCACAUGUUCAUGUACUUCCUCCGUGGCAGUCUGCCGUGGCAGGGCUUGAAGGCUGACACCUUGAAGGAAAGGUAUCAGAAAAUUGGGGAUACCAAACGAUCGACACCAAUCGAAGUGCUUUGUGAAAACUUCUCAGAGGAAAUGACUACUUAUCUGCGCUACGUGAGGAGGCUGGACUUCUUCGAAAAACCAGAUUAUGACUACUUGAGGAAACUCUUCACUGACCUCUUCGACAGGAAUGGAUACGUGUUUGACUACGAAUACGACUGGGUCGGCAAACCACUACCCACACCCAUUGGUCCCAUCCACAGUGACACCCCACUGCAGCCAAGCAGCAGAGACAAAGCACAACAGCAGACCAAAAACCAGUCGCCUGAGCUCCAAGGAACGUGGGAAUCCCAGCCCACUCCAGUGACCAGUAGGGAGCUUCUGGGGUCUCAUCUCACAGCUGAUAGGCUCGGGGGCUCUGUGCAGGUAAUGAGCUCUACAAACGGAGAGCUGAACCCUGAUGACCCUACAGCCGGACACUCCAACGCUCCGAUCACAGCGCCGGCAGAGGUGGAAGUGGCAGACGAUACAAAGUGCUGUUGUUUUUUUAAGAGGAGGAAGAGGAAAGGUCUCCAACGCCACAAGUAAACCAGAGAAGUGAUGCAUUCUGGUCACUGAACAAAAACAUCUUGCUGCUGCACCCAACCUGUGCGCAAAGGAUCUUUCCCUUCCCACCUGCUACAUGGGCAACAAUACUUUGGUUCCUGUUUUAAAAGAAACAAAAAUCAAACACACGCCCACACACAACACAAAUGUAAAGGGGGGGAGGGGAAUGCUGUGGUUUCUGAUGUAUCUUAGCAUCCACACAAGACAUUACCUGUACAAACCCUUUGAACAUGGACAGGGGAAACAGGAAAUACUGUUCCAUAGAGCUAGUUGUUAUUGUGGGAUCAAAUAAUGAAAUUGAACUGAAUUAAUGACAACAACAAACAACCAAGAACAAAUCACUGCAAAAAACCGAAGACUUUCUUCUGAAUUGGAAGCUUUUAUGUAAAUUCUUUUAUUAUUUUUUCCUUUUAUUAUUGUUGUUGUUGUUCUGUUUUUUUCUAAUUUAAAUUUAAGUUGUGUUCAGUCCUUCCUCGGAGCUGGAAUGAUCUGCUUGACUCUUUUCAUGUGAGUGUUCUGGAAUUGACAUUUUGUUUUA